AUGCCCUUCAAGCGCAGCUUCAACACAGUAGGCGUCCACUGCGGCGGCGAAGUCUGCGACGUUGUAGUCGGCGGCGUUCGCGAUGUUCCCGGUAAAACAAUGUACGACAAGAUGAUGCACUUCUGGAAACAUGAAGACCACCUCAGGAACCUUCUCCUGAACGAACCCCGAGGCUGUUCCGCCAUAGUACCCGCCAUGUCGGGAGCCAAUACCGUUGCGACGGUGACGUGUCUGCUGGAAACGGGUAUGGUGACGAUGCAGGAACCUAAGACGGUUGUCAAGCUUGAUGCGCCGGCUGGGCUUGUUACUGCUUAUUUGAAGUGUGAGAAUGGGAAAUGCAAGAGUGUCAGGUUUCAUAACGUACCUGCUUUUGUGUUUGCCACUGACAAGGAGAUCUCGGUACCAGAACUAGGCACAGUGAAGGUUGACAUUGCCUAUGGAGGGAUGAUCUACGUGCUGGUAGAUGCUGCAUCAGUUGGUUUGAAGAUCAAGACUACGGAGGGGGCCAGGCUUGUCAAAGUCGGAGAGCUACACCCAGAAAACCCUGGUAUUCACGGCGUCACAAUCAUCGAGUUCACGGAGCCUCUGUAUGAGUACAAGGACGGAAAGGCAGCAAAUAACACUGUCGUUGUGUCUCCCGGGCGCUUAGAUCGAAGUCCCUGCGGAACAGGAACAUGUGCAAGGCUAGCAGUUCUCCAUGCAAAAGGAGAGCUGAAGGAGGGUGAGAACUUUUAUCAUCGCGGUAUCACUGGGACAGAAUUUGUUGGCCGAGUGGAAGGAACAACCAAGGUUGGGGAGUAUUCUGCGAUUUAUCCCUCUGUUGAAGGACAGGCUUGGAUAACAAGCUUCAAGCAAGUUGUGUUGGAUUCCACAGACCCCUUCCCUGAAGGGUUUCGUGUAGGGGAUACAUGGCAUCUGGACCCCGAAGAGUAG